GUGUUCGACGAGGCGGAUCUCGUCCCGGCUAUUUUGUGACGCGCGCACAGCGCUGGACAGCAAUGACGAACCGCACAACAUCCAAUCCUGAAAAUGGCGACUCCACCGCCGUGGUCAUGACGGAGAAGCUUAUCAUUGAGCAGUGUAAAAAGCACGAUGGCUACUCCACGCCGGAGCUGAACGAGAGGCUCUAUCUCCACCACUUUGGCUUCUCACGGUUGACGGGCCUUCAAGCGUUCACCGGGUGCACCGUCCUCUAUCUCAGCCACAACGCUUUGAGUCGGCUCGAUGGGCUGGCAGCGCUGACGCAGCUCGAUUCUCUGUACCUCUCCUGCAACGCCCUCACCGGUCUAGAGAGUCUGCCGUCGCUGCCGGCGCUGCGCACACUUGACGUGGCAGAAAACCAGAUCACGAGCAUCAACGGUGUGGACAACGCAGCUCCGCAGUUGCAGACGCUGCUGGCUGGUCGCAAUCGCCUUGCCCGGCUUACCGGUCUGCAGCGCUGCACCGCGCUUCUCUCGCUAGAUCUUUCCCACAACGUGUUGGAGGACGAAGAAAAGGUCGACGCAGGUUUGCGACCACUGCGCCAGACCCUCCGCACGCUGCUUCUGCAGGGUAACGAGCUGUGCCGAAGUGCGCGGCAUUACCGCAAGCGCUGGAUCGCCGCAUUCCCCGCGCUGAAGUUUUUAGACGAGUACCCCGUGUUUGACGAGGAGCGGGAGCGUGCGGUGGCCUUCGCACGCGGUGGCACCGUGGCGGAGGAGGACGCUCGGCAGGCGCAGAAGGCCCGCGUGGAGGCGGAGACGGAGACACAGUUCCGCUACUACGGUGACUUUCGCGAUGCGAACCGGCAGGCGCGACAGCGUGAUGGCCCGACACGUACGCCGACGGCUUAUUUCCUGGCUCACUCGACCACGCGGUCAACGGCGCCACCAGCGGAGGAGAUGGAGGAGGAGGCAGAAGUGUACAUUCCUCCGACGGCUGCCAGCGCGGCGGUGCACGCCGAUCCGUCGGGGGAGUAG